UUUAUUAUCGUUUAUUCAUCCCUGCACUAUAUCAUGUCCUAUCAGUAAACACAUUCACCACCAAAAAUAUUAUCUAUGGAAAAUUUUCUGUUCAACAAGAUUUCUAUUGCUCUUUUUCUGCUGUUCCUCUUUCUCUUUUCUUUUAUUUUCUCUCUGGCCUCGGAUUAUGCUUUACCUGAAAGGUACUUCAUCAACUGUGGUUCAGCUUCUAGCUUCAAGAUCGCCGAUAAGACUUUCAUCGGCGAUGAAUAUCCUAGCACUUUCACCUUGUCUUCCCACAAAAUCAGCACAAUUAGAGACCCUACUUCACCUGGCGAUCUCUAUGAAAGUGCCAGGAUUUUCAAGAAACCAUCUUGGUACGAGCUAGACGAAGUCCAAGAUGGCACCUAUAUGGUACGUUUCCAUUUCUUUCCCUUUUCUUCGCAGGAAAAUCUCUUCGACGCUCAUUUCAAUGUUUCGGCUUCUGGGUUUUCUCUUUUAUCGAAUUUCAGUGUCAAAAACGGCAGUAGUUUACCGGUCAUCGAAGAGUUCUUCCUCAAGAUUAAUACCUCUGGAAAGUUCAGAAUUCAUUUCUUACCCCAGAAUUCUUUUGCUUAUGUCAAUGCAAUUGAAUUUUUUCUUACCCCAUUUGACUUCUUUCGCGAUUCUGAAUCAUAUAAAACUCCAGAAGGAAACACGACUGACUACAAGAGUCUGUUGUCUAGCCCCUUACGUUUAAUCCAUAGAAUUAACUUUGGGGGAUCAAAUAUUACGCCGGAUAAUGACACCUUGUUGAGGAGGUGGAUACCUGAUGAUGCUUAUUUGUUCAACAAGGAUUCGGCAAUUAACAAUUUUUCUACAGAUAGCCCUCUAAACUACCUGCGUGGAGAGGCCACCCGGUUUGAUGCCCCUGAUCCUGUUUACAAGACUGCCAAAAUAAUGAACACAAAUGAAAGUAGGCCAAACAAUAAUUUCAACAUUUCGUGGAAUUUCGGUGUGAAGAAAAGAGCUACACACUUUGUUCGGGUGCAUUUCUGUGACAUUUUUAGCCAAACCUCAAACGAAGGCCUCCAAUUCAAUCUCUCUAUCUAUGGUAAUUUCAGUAUCGGAAUAAGUCCAUUUUUUAAUACUACGGACACUGCCACUGCCACUCCUUUUCUCGUUGAUAUUGUAGUUGAUUCGGAUGAUUCUGGUUUAAUGAAAAUAAGUAUUGGGCCUCCAAGUGAUCCAAGUAAUGAAGGAUCCUUUCUAAAUGGAGUUGAAAUCAUGGAGUUUGUCAAGGACUUGGGUUCGGCUCCAGAGGAAGAUACAAAAAAAAGUUCGUUUAUAAUCAUUGGUUCAUGUAUAGGAGGUACAGUGUUAAUUUUCAUCUUUAUAGGGAUGUUAUAUAUUGUUUUGAAACGGAGAAAAACGAAGCCUGCUGAGAGUUUUGAUUUGCCAUUGGGAUAUCUCCAUGGGGGGAAUUCGCAUAGUAAGACAACUGAUAGAACUGUUAAUGGAGUCCCUCUUGCUGAUUUAAACCUCGGUUUGAAGGUGUCUUUGUCUGACAUUGUCUACGCCACAAAAAAUUUCGACUCCAAAUUGAUGAUUGGUGAGGGGGGUUUUGGGAAAGUUUACAAGGGAAUACUUCGGGAUGGUAAAAAAGUGGCUAUAAAAAGAAGUGAGCCAGGAAGUGGACAGGGCCUUCCCGAGUUUCAUACUGAAAUAAUGAUUUUAUCCAAAAUUCGCCACCGGCAUCUCGUUUCGUUGAUUGGAUAUUGUGAAGAAAGGUCUGAAAUGAUACUUGUUUAUGAGUUUAUGGAAAAAGGUACUUUAAGAGAUCAUCUGUACAUUUUGAGGGGCGACUCGGAGAAAUCCACUUCGCCUUCUCAAUUAUCUUGGAGUCAAAGGCUUGAAAUUUGCAUUGGUGCAGCAAAAGGUAUUCACUACCUUCACACUGGUUCUAAUGGGGCAAUCAUCCAUAGGGAUAUCAAAUCGACAAACAUCUUGCUUGAUGAAAACUAUGUGGCUAAAGUUGCUGAUUUUGGCCUUUCGCGAUCAGGUCCUCUGGAUCAAACUCAUGUAAUUACUGAUGUCAAAGGCAGCUUUGGAUAUCUUGAUCCCGAGUACUGCAGAUGCUUAGAAAUCACACAAAAAUCCGACGUGUACUCUUUUGGUGUGGUACUUCUUGAAGUACUUUGUGCAAGACCUGUCAUAAACAACUUGCUUCCACGGGAGCAAAUCAACUUGGCUGAUUGGGGAAUAUCCUGGCAAAAGCAGGGACAGCUAGAGAAAAUUGUGGAUCCUUUGCUUGUGGGAAAAAUAAAUCCCAACUCGCUAAGGAAAUUUGGGGAUACAGUAGAAAGGUGUUUGCAAGAAUGUGGAGUCGAUAGGCCUAAUAUGGUCGACGUCUUGUGGGACUUAGAAUACGCUUUACGGCUUCAACACACUGCAGUGCCUCGAGAACCAUAUGAAGACAGCACCACAGAAGUUACUUGGGAGUUGCCUAUGCCUGUUGUUGAACGACUACCUUCUCAAAGCAUUCCUUGUAUAGAAGAUGAACUUUCCCUCCUGUCGUAUAGUUUCUCAGAUGCUAGCCAAGCAAAUCCUAAUGAAGUGUUCUCCCAAUUGAAAGUCGAUGAAGCCAGAUGAUAGCUGAUUAGAAACUUGUUUUCAUCUUUGCUUCUUUAGCUUAGAAGGGUAAGUGCUGCUUUCUUACAUUCUGGUACUGUCGUCUCUUUUUGCAUCUUCAACAAUAAAAUAAAGGGAUGUUUAUUUGAGCGUGUUUAA